GCUUCAUUGGUCAAUCCAUUUCUGCCAUCUCUGAUAAAUACAAACCAAUUCUUUAACUUUUCAUAUAAGUCUUCAUAAUAGGAAGGAAAGGGGUCCGAAUAUUAUAGAUAAAUAUCUACUUAACCGUUGACUAACUUUUACCACCAUGCCGAGAUGCCGAGGUGACGGUACAUGUUGGUUAUAAGAUCCCCAUGUCAUGGCUAUCGACGUAAUACUAGAAAAUGGCUUUCCCUAAUAAGCCAAUCGCCCACCUUCUAGGGUCUAACGGGCCCGUUCAUGCACUCGCGUAUUCCGCAUCCCCGGGGACUUACAUCCUAGCUGGGUCCGCGGACCGCUCUAUACGGCUGUACAACCCCCAGCCUAGCACAUCCAUUCACCCCUCCUCCUCAUCAUCCUACAUCACCCAGCAACACAACACCCCUCAAUCACAAAUUCCCGAGGGCCGUCUAAUACAAACGUACUCUGCACACGGAUACGAAGUCCUAUCCCUAACCGUGUCAUCCGACAACGCACGCUUCGCCUCCUCAGGCGGGGACCGCACCGUCUUCCUCUGGGACGUAGCAACAGCGCAAACCCUGCGCCGAUUCAGCGGACACAGCGCACGCGUGAACUGCGUAUCCUUCGGCGGCGACGACGACGCGUUAGUCAUAAGCGGGAGCUUGGACACCACAAUCCGCAUCUGGGACGCAAAAGGCGGAUCCCCGACUAAACCCAUACAGACACUUUCCGAAGCCCGGGACGCGGUUACCGCGAUCGUAGUCCGUGGUUCGGAGAUCGUGGCGGGGAGUGUGGAUGGACGGGUUAGGACGUAUGAUGUUAGGAUGGGGAGGUGUGUGACGGAUGUUAUUGGCCCGAGUGUGACUAGCUUGUGUCUUACGAGGGAUGGGAAAGCUAUGCUGGUCGGUGGGCUGGAUAAUAAAGUCCGGUUGAUGGAUCGUGAAAGUGGAGGGUGUCUUAAGAUGUAUGCGGAUCCAGGGUGGAAGAACGAGGAUUUACGGGUGCAGUCUAUAUUAGGAGGAAAGGAACAAUAUGUUCUAGUGGGAGACGAAAUGACAGCCACACCGGGUCGAAAUGGUGAGGGAAGGAUAUGGGCUUGGGAUGUCCUGAGCGGAGAGUUAAAAGCUAAAGUGACUGUCCCAUGGGGACCUACCGGUCACGAACCGAAGAAACUUAUCGGCAAAGACGGGAAGCCGAAAGAACGCAGCAAUGUUCUAAGCUGUCUUGCCUGGAGGGAAAAUGGCUUCGGAGAUCAAUAUUGCGUUAGUGGCACAUCUGGCAUUGUCACAGUAUUUGGAUAUCAUUGAUAAACAAGCCCUCCUUAGAAUUUUUUAAUACUUAAGAUAGGGGUAUUCUGGCAUUGCAAAGCAAUAUCCAGAGAAUGCCAAAUGUCAAAUUUGACACCAAAGUACAGGUGAUCCUCAACAUCGGAUCUGCGCAACAGUUGCUGGCUAAUUAUACCAUGUCGACUUGAGAAAAACA